CCAAUCCUGCUCUGGAACUAGCCGUGCGGCCUGCUCGGGCCAGCUCCGCCUCUAUCUGGCGCCAGCCUAAAGGUCCCGCUUCUAAUCCCAUCAUCUCUCCAUACCGCCCUCUGCCGGCCUUUCCUCUGGUCGCCCGGAUUGCGAGCCGCUUCCGGGCGCUCCGGAAGCGAACCUUUCUUUUCCGGAUUGGGCAUCCCGGCAUCUGCACGUGGUUAUGCUGCCGGAGUUUGGGCCGCCACUGUAGGAAAAGUAACUUCAGCUGCAGCCCCAAAGCGAGUGAGCCGAGCCGGAGCCAUGGAGGGCCAGAGCGUGGAGGAGCUGCUCGCAAAGGCAGAGCAGGACGAGGCAGAGAAGUUGCAACGCAUCACGGUGCACAAGGAGCUGGAGCUGCAGUUUGACCUGGGCAACCUGCUGGCGUCGGACCGGAACCCCCCGACCCGGCUGCGGUGCGCCGGACCCACGCCGGAGGCCGAGCUACGGGCCCUGGCGCGGGACAACACGCAACUGCUCAUCAACCAGCUGUGGCAGCUGCCCACGGAGCGCGUGGAAGAGGCGAUAGUGGCGCGGCUGCCGGAGCCCACCACACGCCUGCCGCGAGAGAAGCCUCUGCCCCGACCGCGGCCACUUACACGCUGGCAGCAGUUCGCGCGCCUCAAGGGCAUCCGUCCCAAGAAGAAGACCAACCUGGUGUGGGACGAGGUGAGUAGCCAGUGGCGGCGGCGCUGGGGCUACCAGCGCGCCCGGGACGACACCAAAGAAUGGCUGAUUGAGGUGCCCGGCAAUGCCGACCCCUUGGAGGACCAGUUCGCCAAGCGGAUUCAGGCCAAGAAGGAACGGGUGGCCAAGAACGAGCUGAACCGGCUGCGUAACCUGGCCCGCGCGCACAAGAUGCAGCUGCCCAGCGCGGCCGGCUUGCACCCUACCGGACACCAGAGUAAGGAGGAGCUGGGCCGCGCCAUGCAAGUGGCCAAGGUCUCCACCGCCUCUGUGGGGCGCUAUCAGGAGCGCCUCCCCAAGGAGAAGGCGCCCCGGGGCUCCGGCAAGAAAAGGAAGUUUCAACCCCUUUUCGGGGACUUUGCAGCCGAGAAAAAGAACCAGUUGGAGCUGCUUCGUGUCAUGAACAGCAAGAAGCCUCAGCUGGAUGUGACGAGGGCCACCAAUAAGCAGAUGAGGGAGGAGGACCAGGAGGAGGCCGCCAAGAGGAGGAAAAUGAGCCAGAAGGGCAAGAGAAAGGGAGGCCGGCAGGGGCCUGGGGGCAAGAGGAAAGGGGGCCCGCCCAGCCAGGGAGGGAAGAGGAAAGGGGGCUUGGGAGGCAAAAUGAAUUCUGGGCCGCCCGGCUUGGGUGGCAAGAGAAAAGGAGGACAGCGCCCAGGAGGAAAGAGGAGGAAGUAAUAGUUUCUAACUGUCGGACCCGUCUGUAAACCAAGGACUAUGAAUACUAAAUGUUAAGUUCUAGGCAAUUGUACGGGGACUCAGAAAGACCUGGCCGCUGCCUUCAUUGAGUUUAAAGGGGCAGGAUUGCCCUUCCCUCAAGAAAGUAUGUAAGUGUUGGACUGCACAAAUUAAUGUUUUUCCCACAACCGAGACUUUGGAGAUUAAGAACUUAUUUGAGGAUUUAAGAAUUAGGGAAAUAAUUUGGUGGAAACCGGGAAUGAGUUCUAUUCUUAAACAGCCUUUUUUUUUUCUUUUUAAUGUUGGAUAUACGGUGAGGUAGAGUUGGCCAUAUUUCAGAGACUUAGAUUGACGUAUAUGUUUCUGCAUUAUUUUUACAACAAGUUUGUGUAUCAGAGCGGGAGUGCGGGGGAGGGAAAGAAAACAGUUUCAGAAUUGAAUAGGCAAGUGACUGUUUUAAAGAUUAAGUAAGAAAGAUGUCUUAUCUAGUGUGACUUUUAACUUUCUGACUACUGGGUAGAAAUUGUACUUGAAGCCAGUUACCUGGAUACCUGGUACAGAUUAUUUUUGUUUACUUUCUGAAAAACACAAAGCAGGCCGUGCGCAGUGGCUCACUCCUGUAUAGUCCCAGUACUUUGGGAGGCCGGGGCGGGCGGAUCACCUGAGGUCAGGAGUUCGCGACCAGCCUGGCCAACACAGUGAAACCCCAUCUCUACUAAAAAUAAAAAAAUUAGCCAGACAUGGUGGCUGGUACCUGUAGUCCCAGCUACUUGGGAGGCUGAGGCAGGAGUAUCGUUUGAACCUGGGAUGCGGAGGUUGCAGUGAGCCCAGAUCAUGCCACUGCACUCCACUCCAGCCUGGGCAACAGAGGAAGGGUCCAUCUCAAAAAAAAAAAAAAAAAAAAAAAAAGUUCAAUUAUAAUGGUUUCAGUGAUACAACUUUUAAACUUAUACUUCUUUUGGUAUCAAAUAUAAUAUUCAAAGUAGUAAAACUGAUGUCUGUUUUUUAAAAAUAUUUUAUGCCUUUCAACACUGAACACAUGGAUUUCCUGUAAAUGAUCAAUUUGGGCUUCUUUGACUAAUGGUAAUAAUCCUCAUUAAUCCAGAAAACACUUAAAUCUUUCUCUACGUUUAUAUCCCCA